AUGAUCAGCCUGUGGUUAGCAGGCCUAAUCGCUGUGGUGACCGCAUCGCGUUGGAUACGGUCAUCCACAAAGGCUUCGGGUGCUUCACCCCCUCAGGGGAUUCCGAUCCUGGCUGGAACGAAGGAUACCGACUACAAGACAUUGGUGGAGGAACAAUAUCUCAAGAUGCAAACGUGCGUCGAAAUUCCCGGGGCCUCAUUCAAAGCAGCACUGGCACUAGCGCAAUAUCACCGGCUGGUUCGCCCAGUGGCGGCCCUUUUUAUUCCCGAAAUGAAACGUCUAUGUCAGUUGCUGCGUGUUAUACAUGGUCUUUUGCGUCCACUUCAUCAGGGGCCAAAGCAACGUCAGCAAGCGUUGAGACAAGCGGAGUUCAAAAGGCCUGUGGAUGUUAUCCAAUCUUUCGUAGAUGAUGCGGGGAAAGAGGCAAGGAACACCGACCGACUGGUUGAGGCUAUGGUCAUGAUCAAUAUCGCCGGCGUCCAGAGCACAAGCCGCGUGGGCGGCGAGGACCAACUGCUAGCAACUGGUCUGGCCAAGCUACACCGGAUGGACUCUGUUCUCAAGGAAUCCCAGCGCUUGCGCCAUGCCAACCUCCGUGCGUUGCACCCACUCUCAACCAUCACCGACUUCCCGCUGCUGACAAGACGAUCAGUGUCUGCGUACCGCAAACUGAUCCAGCCUCUAACGCUAUCGAAUGGCAUCGUCCUUCCUGCAGAAUCUUACGUUGCAGUGCCCGGGUCUGUGUACGCGAGGCUGGCCGAGGACGGCAGGGACCGGUCGUUCGAUGGAUUCCAGUGGGCAGACAAGAAAGGGAAGACUGGGACCGAUAGCAAGUUCAACUAUGCUUUCAGCGGACCCGAUUCGCUCGAAUUUGGCGCCGGCAGCCACGCCUGUCCUGGACGACACUUCGCCGUUAACGUGCUCAAAGCCACGUUGUCGCGGAUCCUGCUCCGUUAUGAUCUGUGUCUACCGCCAGGCACUGAACGACCACGGGAUCAAUUCAACCACUUAUUCGACAUCGUUCCGAAUGCCGGCGCCGAGCUGGUGUUUGUCGAGCGGGCAUGA